AUGUCAACUACAGCUCCUCCUGGUGGCCAGCGUACUCUACAGAAAAGAAGACAGGCGCAAUCUGCCAAAGACAAGCAACAGAAACAGACUCCAGCGUCGACAAGACAGGCCGGUUUCGGGGGAUCUUCGAACAGCAUUCUCAAGCUAUACACAGACGAGGCUAACGGUUUGAGAGUGGACCCAUUGGUGGUUUUGUUUUUGGCCGUUGGUUUCAUUUUCUCGGUCGUGGCCUUGCACGUCGUGGCCAAGAUCACGGGCAAGCUGUUCUGA